AGCCGAGUCGUCUAGGAAGCCGCGGUCGCGGGUCAGCCGGCGGGGAGGAGCUGUGCGGACUCAGCGCGAGCGCAGCGACCUGGGCUCGGACGCCGGCGAGAUGCCCCUGUUCGCCGCCAACCCCUUCGAGCAGGACGUGGAAAAAGCUACAAAUGAAUACAACACCACAGAAGACUGGAGUCUUAUUAUGGAUAUAUGUGACAAAGUGGGAAGCACUCCUAAUGGAGCAAAAGAUUGCCUAAAAGCCAUAAUGAAGAGAGUAAAUCAUAAGGUUCCCCAUGUUGCUUUGCAGGCACUAACUCUUCUUGGGGCUUGUGUGGCAAAUUGUGGAAAGAUAUUUCACUUGGAAGUAUGCUCCCGUGAUUUUGCGACAGAAAUUCGUGCUGUGAUAAAUAAGGCUCACCCAAAAGUAUGUGAAAAACUGAAAGCUUUGAUGGUUGAGUGGUCAGAAGAAUUCCAGAAGGACCCUCAGUUUAGUCUUAUAUCUGCAACUAUUAAAUCUAUGAAAGAAGAGGGAAUUACUUUUCCUUCAGCAGGGUCACAGAUUGCCUCAGCUGCUGCCAAGAAUGGUACGUCAUCAAACAAAACCAAAGAAGAUGAAGACAUGGCUAAAGCUAUUGAACUAUCACUGCAGGAGCAGAAGCAGCAACAUACAGAAACAAAAUCCUUAUAUCCAGUUGCAGAAAUCCAGUUAAAUAAUAACGUUGCAAGGAAAGUGAGAGCUUUGUAUGAUUUUGAAGCUGUUGAGGACAAUGAACUCACCUUUAAACAUGGUGAAAUCAUCAUUGUUUUGGAUGACAGUGAUGCCAAUUGGUGGAAAGGAGAAAACCACAGAGGAGUAGGACUCUUCCCAUCUAAUUUUGUGACAGCUGAUUUAAACAUGGAAUCUGAGGCAGCAGCUGUGGAGAAAUUGAAUGUCAUUGAUGAUGUGGAAGAAAUUAAGAAAUCAGAGCCAGAGCCUGUUUAUAUAGAUGAGGAUAAGAUGGAUAGAGUACUGCAGGUACUCCAGAGUAUAGAUCCAGCAGAUUCAAGACCAGAUUCCCAAGAUCUCCUGGACUUAGAAGAUACCUGCCAGCAAAUGGGUCCAAUGAUAGAUGAAAAACUUGAAGAAAUCGAUAGGAAGCACUCAGAAUUGUCUGAAUUAAAUGUGAAAGUUUUGGAAGCUCUGGAGCUAUAUAACAAAUUGAUGAAUGAAGCACCAGUGUAUUCAGUGUAUCCAAAGCUCCAUCCUCCAGCACAUUACCCACCUACGUCAGCUGCAGUUCCAGGGCAGACAUACCCAGUUCAGUCACAUGGCGGAAACUACAUGGAUCAAAGCCUUCACCAGUUGUCUGCUGCUCAAAGCUACAGCCUGGGACCAGAUCAGAUGGGUGCAUUGCAAUCUCUGCCUCCAAGUGUAAAUUCCUCUGUAACUACACAGACUGCUCAAACUCCAUAUUUAAGCACUGGACAAGACACUGCUUCUAAUCCUGCUUAUGUGAAUCACAACUCUAGCCUUCAGUCAGCCGGCACAGCUGCUUACACACAGCACAUGGGGAUAUCUAUGGAGAUGUCAUCUUACCAGAACACUACCUCCAGCUUGCCGCAGCUGGCAGGUUUUCCCGUGGCAGUUCCAGCUCAUUCUGUUGCACAACAGCAAACAAAUUAUCACCAGCAGCCUCUCCUUUAGAAACAAACCAAGCAUUUUGCACAAAUCUUCAUAAAUGUAUUACUCAGCCUUUGUAAUUCUGAUUUGAAAACACUGAAAGAAAACGUCCUCUCAACUGAGAAAGGCCAAGAAUAAAUAAAACACAAGGCUUAUCU